CCUGACUUGUGCCUGCCUGCCCAGGUUUGCUCAGGGCGUGGCAGUUGUGGAUAAAGGCUGCCCAGGCUUGGCAGUCCGCAUUCUGCUUUCUCCCGGAACCACCUCUCAGCCUGUUGAGCUACUCAGACACACGCUGCAACAUGCAAGAGGUUGCUCUGAGCCUGUUGCUCCUCCUAGUGGGCCUGCCUUCUCUGGAUGCCAACGAUCCCGAAGAUAAGGAUAGCCCUUUCUACUAUGACUGGUACAACCUCCGAGUCGGCGGGCUCAUCUGUGCAGGGAUUCUCUGUGCUGUGGGCAUCAUCGUCCUCUUGAGUGGAAAGUGCAAAUGCAAGUUCAGCCAGAAGCCCAGUCACCGUCCAGCGGAUGGGCCACCUCUCAUCACACCUGGUAAGACACUUAGGAUGACUGCAGGUUGUGGAUGGGGCUCUGCUCACAAUUGCUGA